AUGUCGUGUGUGUCGGGUGCGUGCCUGGUGCGCGACUGGUGCGUGACUGGUGCGGGGACGGCUGGAAGGUGUCCAUCAGAAGCGCAGGUUCAUGCUGGCAUAGACGCCGCGCCCGUCGGCGGGCGAGUAGCCCGAGGAGCCGCUGUCAUACCAGGCGUAGACGUACUUGCGGUUGGUGACGUUCUUGACCUGCAGGCCCAGGUCCAUGGUGUCCGAGAGCCGGUAGCUGGCACCCAGGUUCAGCACGGCGAACUUGCCUGCGCGGCCCUGGGUAUUGGUGCGCUCCAGGUAGUAGUCACCCUGGGCAUUGCCCCAGGCCGACAGCUUCAGCCGGUCCGUGGCCUGCCAGUCCACGCCGGCCGAGACCAGGUAGUGCGGCACGUUCUCGAUUUCCUUGCCCAGGGUGGCGGGAGCGCUGGGUCGGGCGCGGUGAUGCGCGCCACCUGA